AUGUCUGCCUCGAAGGGACGCGUCUUGUUGGCCUACUCCGGCGGUCUUGACACCUCAUGUAUCCUUGCUUGGUUGAUCGAGCAGGGCUACGAUGUCUACGCGUUCAUGGCGGAUGUUGGCCAAGAGGAGGACUUUGAAGCCGCGCGCAAGAAGGCUCUGGCUGUUGGUGCGAAGAAGUUCUUCCUCGAGGACCUUAAGAGGGAGUUCGUGACGGAACUCAUAUAUCCUGCCGUCCAGGCGAACUGUAUCUAUGAGAACGUCUAUUUGCUCGGUACAUCGCUUGCGCGGCCUGUCAUCGCUCGUGGCAUGAUGGCCAUUGCUGACAGGGAAGGCUGCGACUUUGUCUCCCAUGGGUGCACGGGCAAGGGUAACGACCAGGUCCGUUUCGAGCUCGCGUUUUACGGCUUGAAGCCGGACAUCAAGGUGAUCGCGCCAUGGCGGAUUCCUGAGUUCUACCACCGCUUUGCAGGUCGUCAAGCCCUCCUCGCCUACGCAGCGGAGAAGCAGAUCCCCGUCCAGCAGACCGCGGCCAAGCCCUGGUCGACAGACGAGAACCUCUUCCACAUCUCCUACGAGGCGGGCAUCCUCGAGGAUCCAGACACAACACCCCCUGCCGACAUGUGGAAGCUGACCACCGCGCCCGAACAGGCGCCCAACACGCCCGAGCGCAUCUCCAUCCAGUUCGAGCGCGGGUUGCCCGUCAAGGUGACGGUGCCUGAGCAGAACAAGGAAUACACCGACCCCGUCGAGGUCUUCCUCACGCUCAACGCGCUCGCGCGCAAGCACGGCAUCGGCCGCAUCGACAUCGUCGAGAACCGCUUCAUCGGCGUCAAGUCUCGCGGCUGCUACGAGUCGCCCGCGGCGACGAUCCUGCGCGUCGCGCACAUGGACAUCGAGGGCCUCACGCUCGACCGGAACGUCCGCGCGCUCCGUGACCAGUUCACGACGAUCGAGCUCAGCCGGAUCCUGUACAACGGGCACUGGUUUACGCCGGAGCGGGAGUUUGUCAUCGCUUCGAUCCCGGCUAGCCAGCGCACCGUCAACGGUGUCGUGCGCCUCAAACUGUACAAGGGCAACGUCUUCGUCGAGGGCCGUUCAUCCGAUGAGGGUCUUUACGACGAGAGGGAAUCUUCUAUGGACGAGCUCGGCGGGUUUGAGCCUACGGACACCACUGGGUUCAUCCAAAUUGAGUCGAUCCGUAUCAAAAAGUGGGCGCAAGCCAACAUCCGCAAAGGCCAGGGUGGUGUCGAGGCGAAGGAUGUGUACGGCUCUCGUGUCUAA